UGUCACGAACUUGAAACUGGUUGAAACUUCGUACAUAUAUGUAUAUGAGUAUUGAACAUUAUAGAAAAUAAAAUAGAUCAAUGAAAAGUACCGAGAUAACCAAAUUCUUAGUGUCUUUUAGCGGUCAAAUUGAACACGUAACGUUUCCUUCCGGAAUAUUCGAUGAAUAUCUUUAUAUUCAGUAUGAAGUGGUAUGGGGUCCGGAUUGGGAGCCUAUCACGGGUCUUCCUUCAGGAACGAGUCAAUUGUCACGCCCCGGGAUCAACCCAGAGAGAGUUGUUAUCAACAUGCCUAUAGAAAUGACUUUCGGAAGCACUAAUGUGUAUGGGUGGCCCCGACUAGUUAUAACCGUGAAAGCCCGUAAUUUCAUAACCGGGGACACUUUGCGGGGGUACGCUGUUGUGCUGUUGCCCCCGACGGCGGGUAGGCGACGUGUGACGUCACCGCUCCUACGUCCGAAGCCAGCCACGGUACUCGGCGAGUGGGUGGCCUGGCUCACCGGCCGGUAUCCAGAGUUGAACGACCCGAAGAUGUUGGCCGACGGAAAGGAUAAUUACAUGUUAAGAACACAAUCGUCAGGAACCGUGAUGGUGUCGGCCGCGAUGGUGUCCAAGGACCUCAGAAAACUGGGCUAUGACAAUGAACCUCCAGCCUAUAUUAAAUAUUCAUAAAAUCUAUAACAAAGAAACUAAAAAACCAAUAUCACAGACAAUCACAGCAAGAAAUAAGUUUUUUAAUGUUCAACCUAGCGAGAUAAUUAUUUGAGUUUUUAAUUUAAAAAAAAAAUGAAAUGGACUUAACUUUGUGUAUGAAUAAAAUAAGAUAUCACUACUAAUUGUUUACUUUAUUAUUUUUAUGUUAUUUAAGCACUGAUUUAUCUAUUUUGCUUGAAUUUAUUACAAAAAAAUCUGUUUGUUUUAAUAUAAGGCACAUAGUUAGGUAGUGCUCAUUUCAUUACUUCAAUAAGAAAAUGUAGGUAUCAAUGUUUUAUUUACAAAUAAAAAUAUAAUUGGUUUAAAGUUUAAAUACAACAAAAAAGUUGUAAUUUUAGUUUAUUAAUAACUAAGGUAAUUUUGGAAGCUGGUCUCCCUGUUUUACCCUCUAAGAGUUUCUUCAUUCAUGAGAAUAUUUACACCAUAAAC